AUGCCUUUCUUUCAAGAUCAUUUCAUUGAGAAUGCUAUCCCUUUAUUCACUUCCUUCUCUUCUCUCUUUUUCUUUGUUUAUUACUCUUUUCCUUUCCAUCCUUUCUCUCUUUCUCUUCUCUUUCCUUACAUUCUUCUCUCUUUUAUCAACGCCUUUUCAUAUGUUUGUUGCUUAUUAGUCUCUCUCACUUCUUUGCGUCUCUCUUUCCAUAUUGUUUCAUCUGUAAUUCUCUCUUCCUUUUGGCAUUUUCUAACCGUUGAAAUCUAUUCUCUUUCUUUGUCACUCUCUCUUCCAGAGAGACGUGUUAGACUGACGCCCACUCCUUCUAUUGGCUAUUCACUUCACCUUUCUUUUCAUAAUGCAUUUCACCACUCUCUUAGUAUGUGGGUAUUUCUAUCUUUUUCUUUCAAUCAAUCUCACGUUUGUCCUACCUGUAUCCGCAAUUUAUCCAUCACAAUCUGUUUAUUUCUAUCUAUCUAUCUAUCUAUCUAUCUAUCUAUCUAUCUAUCUAUCUAUCCCAGUCUGUUCAUAUCUAUCUAUCUAUCUAUCUAUCUAUCUAUCUAUCCCAGUCUGUUCAUAUCUAUCUAUCUAUCUAUCUGUCGUUCUCAGUUUUUUUCAUAUCUAUCUAUUUUAGACUAUGUUUCUCUGUAUUUAAUUUACUUUAUAUCUAGCUAG